ACGACGCGAUUAACACAUCGAUUCGUAGUCCCUUCAGAAACGCACACUUUUUGGACAUGACGUGUUUUCAUGUGAGCAGGAAAAAGUAGGAAAGAAAAUGAACAAAAACGAGAAGGGAGGCAGCGUAGGACCUUCACCGGGGCUUACCCUGAUCGGGGUGCUGUCUGGAGGCUUGACAAUCGUCCUCAGCGUGGUAUACAUCACACUAUAUUCGCUUGCCGUUCACGUCCGCAACAAUUGCGAUGCUGGCAUAACAUCACAGUCCGGGCCAGGCAGUACAUUCUUUAUAAACAUACUUCUACAAUUAUAUUUUAAACAGGAUGAUUGCCCGCACGCCCUGUUAUUAAAUCUGGAUAUCACACAAGAACAUACAGUGUUCGUAAUGGCGUGCCUCUCGCUUACAGUUUCGAUCCUUUGUUUACUGUUGGCGAUCGGUUUCAUUGCAGCUUUGAAAACUGAAAGCGCCUUGAAAUAUAUAGAACCCUUGGGGUACUGCUACAUUGUAUCGAUAAUCUUGUCCAUAGCCAUUGACCUAGCAGCGACGAUUCACUUUGGAAUGGAUUACAAUACAUUUACUGAAAACAUGAAUAAUUCAUCGCCAGGAGUGAGUAUAAACUACGUUCGAGAUAUGUACAGACUGGGAGCUCUGUUAUUAAUGCUUGUCUCAGCGAAGGGAUUCUUAGCUCCUGUUUUUAACAUUAUUUUUAUAUCACUGUUAAUCUUUUACCUAGUGGAAUUCAGACAGAAAAUUCAAAGCGAAGAGCAUUCCAUACAUAAAGUGGGAGCUUUAAGAGCAUACGAUCAACCAAGAAGAAUUGACGAGCAAUCAGAAAAUUCGUUUCAACAAUUCAGAGCACAGCCGAAAAGAAAUGAUGAUCCAUGGCAAAACGGAUCAGAGAGCACCUACGCGCCGUAUAGAGGGCCCCAGGUGAACCCUAUGUUUGUGAACGAUGAAGACCACUCCCGCAUGCCAAGCCGUGAGCCGCCACGUUCAGAAUAUACAAACCCAUCAUACGAACGCUACCCUUCGCACCACAACCACCAACCGUCGCUCGCAUCGCGGCCUUUCUCCUACCUAGAAGACAUCAAGCGGCAGCCGGCACUCAAAUCCCCCAGUCCGACCAGGGAGCCCCAAUGGCCGCGUGACCCCUGGGACGCGCAGGCGCCCCCCGUGCCAGCGCCAGAUUAUAGCCCGGAAACACCGAGACGGCUAAAGUCUGCGCUUAAAUCUUCAUUCAUGUAGAAUUGAUAAAUAAAUGACUAAGUGGAAA